AUUGUUCAAUCCACACAACAAAUUUCGAUUAUAGAGGUCUACUAAUAUAAGCCACACGACAUCGAAAAAAAUUAUAGUUACAAUUUUAAACGAAUGUUUUAAUGUCAUUCAUUUAAAAUUUUGAAAAAGGAAAAUAUAUUAAAACAAGGCCAACCAAGUUUUGCAAAAGGCCUCCAACCAAGGAGGUAAAUGAUAUAGAACCAGCAACUACCAAUUUUCACUCUACAUACCACAAUGUUUGCAUCUUUAUUUACAUGGGAUAGUUCCAAAAAAAAUAAGGUAAAAAAAAUGAAAACUUGUAUGAGGCCCAAUUUACUUCUGAUGAACAUAUGAGAAGCCCAAAAACCAGGCCCAUUAAAGUCCAGUAUGAUUGGUUGCCAGAUCAUGCUGUUUCUAGAGCGACACGUCUCCUUUUUCUCGACCGGUGCGGUGUUAACUGGUUCCACAUUUAACGGUUCGGUUGACCCGAUCCGUCAGCUCUGGCUUCGAUCAGAGAUUCAGAACUGGAUUUCCAUGGUUACGGUCAAUAUUUGAGGAGUGUUUGGUGCUUCGAGCAUUUGUUUAUUCCACUAUUUCUCCAACUGAUCAGUUUCCAUGAAGUUCUUAAUUUUGAUUUGAACAAUUUCAUGCACUUGCCAUUCUCCUCUUCUUCCUGAUUCCGCCAUGGAAGCUUCCCUAUCUCCGGCUGCCCCAACAGAAAUACAUUUAUCUGCAGAAUUGCUGUCUUUCAGAAAGGAAAAACGUGUAACCAGAGAUCAUAACUUUCUGUCAUUCAAUUCAGCCUAUAAAUAUCGACCACUGUUCUAUGGUCAGACUAGAGGUUUGUGUAGGAAGAAUAAGUGUGUCACGUUUUUUUGCAGUCAAAAGAGAGAAUUUUCUGUUGUAGAGGGCAGGUGUAUAGAUGACAUAUAUGAUGAUUUAGCUAAACGUAUUCUUCCAACAGCAGCAGCAGCUUCAGAUCCCAAUCUUAAGCAUAUUGUAGGGUUGGCUGGUCCUCCUGGUUCUGGCAAAACCACUAUAGCUUCUGAGGUUGUGCGGCGUAUCAAUAUGUUAUGGCCCCAGAAAGCUUCUUCAAUGGAUUCUCGGGUAGAACCUGCCGAUGUUGCUGCCGUUCUCCCUAUGGAUGGUUUCCAUCUUUAUCGUUCUCAGCUUGAUGCAAUGGAGAAUCCAGAAGAAGCACAUGCAAGACGGGGAGCUCCUUGGACAUUUAAUCCUCAGCUACUAUUGACAUGCCUCAAGACACUAAGGAAUCAGGGAUCAGUUUAUGCACCAUCAUUUGAUCAUGGUGUCGGUGAUCCAGUUGAGGAUGAUAUCUUUGUGAGCCUUCAGCAUAAGGUCGUUAUAGUAGAAGGAAAUUAUUUAUUACUGGAUGAUGGGGUUUGGAAAGAGAUCUCAUCCAUAUUCGAUGAGAAAUGGUUUAUUGAGAUAGAUAUCAACAAAUCAAUGCAACGAGUUCUUAAAAGACAUAUUUCAACAGGAAAACCUCUCGAUGUCGCCAAAUGGCGUAUAGAGUACAACGACCGACCCAACGCCGAGCUCAUAAUGAAGUCUAAGAAGAAUGCAGAUUUAGUAAUUAGGUCGAUUGAUUUCUGAAUGUAGAAUCUUAUUAUCCUUUGUUGUGGAGGAUCACUUUCAUCUCCUGCAACCCAUGGAUGGAAAUUUUCCUUUCUUCUGUCCGGUCCUUUCUCAGUACCUUGAAAUAAUUUGGGAAAUCAGAGGGUAUCUCAAAGAAUAAUGUGAAGAACUCAUGAAAUGGUUGUGUUGAAUAAGCAGCUGUCAAAUAUCAUUGUGUAGUAUGAUGGGUUUGGAUUGUAGUCUUUUACAAGAAAAAUAAUGGAAAAUGUGAAGAAAAGAGCUCCAAUUGCUGGAUUGUAGGAAAGAGCUCCAUUCUUGAGAAGGCUAAUAAUGAAGAUGUUUAUAUAUGCAA